UCCAACGCCUUAACACUCCGUGCUGAUGUGAUAUCCUCCGUGCGAUGUCUCCGGCCGAGCUGGGCGCUGCGACCACCGGAGCCCGGGGCUGCUUGCGCUGAGCCGGGAGGGGCUGGGGGAGGCGGCCGCGCAUGUGCCGGCCGUGCCCCCCGCCCGGGCUGCUCCGGCAUCCUCGGCAUCCUCCCAGGCAUCCUUCUAAGCAUCCUCCCAAGCAUCUUCCCCGCCGGGCGCUGCGCUCCGCAGCCCGCGCAACAAAAGCGCCGCGGCCGCGCCCCGCGGAGCCGCUCCCGGCGCGGGGCACCUGCUGCUGCUGCUGCUGCUGCUGCUGAUGGUGAUGGUGAUGGUGAUGGUGAUGAUCCAACCCUGCUGCUGCUGAUCUAACGGUGCUCCCGCUCCGCUCCGCCCGCGCCCUGCGCAGCGCCGGCCGCGCCCGCGGAGCCGCGGAGCUGUCCGGGCUCGGGUUCCGUGCAAGCUCCGGGAUCGGGCUCCGGGCUCAGGCUCUGUGCAGGCUGCGGGUUCGGGCUCCGGGCUCGGGCUCGGGCUCUGGGCUCGGGCUCGGGCUCUGUCCGUGGUGCUGCCGCCCCCGCGGCCGAGCGCAGCCCCCGGACCGCGCCCGCCCGGCCGCUCCCCGCCCGGCAUCCUGUUGCGCCGGGAGCGCGGCGAGCGGGGGAAGAGCAUCCGAGAGCAUCAGAGAGCAGCAUUAGAGAGCAUCUGAGAGCAUCCAAGAGCAUCCGAGAGGAUCCAAGAGCAUCCGAGAGGAUCCUAGCGAGGAGCCUGAGCGCCGGCCCCGCUCCGAACAAUGGCUGCGCUGCCGCGGCUGCUCUGCGCGGCCGCGCUCGCCCUGCUGCUCUGGGCUGGAUUUUGCUCCUCGGUGUGUGUGGAAGUCCCAUCUGAGACAGAGGCUGUCCAAGGGACGGACAUGAAGCUGCUCUGCAUCUCCUGCAUGAAGAGGGAAGAGGUGACAGCCAGCACGGUGGUGGAAUGGUACUACAGGCCCAACGGGGGGAAGGAUGAGCCUAUCUACGAGUACAGGAAAACCAACCAUGAGUUCCCGAGCCGCUUCAGCGGGCGGAUCCAGUGGAACGGGAGCAAAGACAUGCAGGACGUGUCCAUCACCGUGGUGAACGUCACCCUCAACGACUCGGGCAUCUACACCUGCAACAUCACCCGCGAGUUCGAGUUCGAGAUCCACCGGCCGCUCUUCCAGAGCUCCCGGGUCAUCCACCUCACCGUGGUGGAGGAGGCUGGAGAAGACUUCACCUCUGUCAUCUCAGAAAUCAUGAUGUAUAUUCUGCUGGUGUUCCUCACGCUGUGGCUGCUGAUUGAGAUGAUCUAUUGCUACAGGAAGGUGUCCAAGGCAGAGGAGGCUGCCCAGGAAAAUGCGACAGACUACCUUGCAAUUCCAUCGGAAAACAAGGAGAACUGUGCUGUGCCUGUGGAGGAGUAGCAGAGGGGAGGCAGCGCAGUGAGCGGCACCAAGGGGCUCUGAAGACAGAAGGACCACGCCACACCAGCCAGCUUUGAGGGGAGCUCUGCGCUGUCAAAGGAGGAGCAGGGGGAAGUGUAAAUUCUCUCCCAUUUGGACUCUGUACAGCCUUGACUUUGGUCCUGUGACCCACCUGAGCUGCCAGCCCGGUGCUGAAGGACUCCUCUGUGGAAGCAUGCUGAGCAAAUGGGUGUGGGCAGCACGGCUCCUCCCCGACUCUCAGUCCCACCAUCACCUCAAUGGCUUUGUAAAUGUCACCUGUCACUCCUUAGCUGCUCUCACCACCACCUUUAUUUGCUAAAUGUGCUACUUCUCCACUGCAGAGGUUAAGGGUAUGUACGGCACGCUGCUCUGAGCUGCAGGAGUGUGAACAAGGAUCUCUUAGGGGGUUAUUCCACCACAUACUGUGGCCCAAGCGGUUCUCUUGGUGUUAAAACAGGAAGAAUUUAAUUAAUUAGUGAAGUCACUCUGAAUUUUAGGCUGUCCAUGCACAAGCAGAGUAGGGUGAGGACUGCAAUGCACUAAAAUUGGCAAUUUAGUAUUGUAGGAAGGACAGGUCUCUGUCAUGUUCACACUUUGGAGGGAAUUGAGAAUACAGACCAUGAAGUAUUCCUGCUUUGGGAAGCAGGAUGAUGUAAAUAUAAGAAACCCCUGUGUCCCUGUCAUUUAUCGAAGUGUCAAAGCCCUCAUUCCACCUGCCUGGCACAGCAGGAGGAACCUGCCACAGCUGGCAAGGCAGCAGGACAAGGUACUGAUCCACCUUUUCCUGGGAAACCUCAAAAAGGAAGGCAGCCCCAUGCUGGUAGGCAGGAGAAAUAAAUAGGAUGCAAAGCCCUCACAGCUGAGUAAAAUGGUUGUAGUUUUGUAACUGUGAUGGUUCUCUGGUGCUGUAGCAGCACCAUCUAGAGGGACAGACAGAAAACACCCACUUUUCCCAGUUAAUCCUAAUUCUCUCUUGAGGUAAUUAAUCACCAGUAUAAAUAGUCUGGAUUAAUCAUAAAUGAUCUUCUGGUGCCCAGGAAUCACCCUGCAAAUCCCACCUUUCCUAUGCAAACUUACCUUUUCUGAGGGUUAAGCAGAAUAAAAACUGUUUUCUGCCCUUCAGCGCAGAUCAGUCGAGCUCAACAGCUGGGAUUGGAAGGGAGGAAAAGGCAGAACCAUUGGCCAGGGUGGAAUUGUGCUGUAAAACCAGGUGGGGAAGGUUUGGGCUUGUUGCAUGGCAGGGCUGUGACAUCCCUGCUGCAGUGGAGCCUGUGCUGCUUUGUUGACAACUGAGUUGACAAAUUCUGCUCCAUUUGUGAAGUAGCUCCAAGUGCUUGUGACUCCAGGCAUGCUCCCCACCCACGGGAUCCCCUCUGCUUUGUCCUGCUGCUUUUUAUGUGCUGGCUAAAAAUCACAGGAAUUACCCCAUUUGUAAGGCAGGCUCAGGCCAAUUUCCAGCUGGAACUUGUUCAAAACCCUUUUUUAGAGUGGGUGUCAACUUUAGCCAACUACUCCAGUGCAAUCUUGGUAGUAGGAUUGCUCCCAAACCCAGAGCCAAGCCUGGCAAGGGGAGCACAUUUUUUAGAUGAAGCGCACUCGCAGUCUGGGCACCAGUUCCAAGAUCCUGAUAUCCAAAAGGGAUAUCCAAAAGGAACAUCCAAAAGGGAUAUCCAAGAAUAUUCAGCUAGAUGCCAUCUUUUUUCCCUAUCCCAGUUUGCCUGGCAGAAUCCUGAACUCAACAGAGGAGGGACUGAGUUGUAACUCUGGGGUUUCCAGCACUGCCCACGGCUCUGAGCCCAUUUUAGGUGAAUUUUAGGACACAACUCCAGCUCUGCUCCUCAGUCCCUGUGAGCCACAGACAACCCUCUGGUGUCAUACUGUUAAAUCAAAGCAGGAGUGAACCCAAGAACUUCUUGAGAGCUACCUCAGGUGGUAAAGAAGGGCCGUCCCCUUGUCCUGCACCUCCCUGAGUCCCACAGGCAUCUUCUGGAUGCUUUUUUUGGACAAAUCUUUCACUUUUCCAGUUCCUGCAGACAGAGGUGACAUUGCCACGUGGUGUUCCAAGCAGGAGGAAACGGGGUGCAAAGUUCUGCCCAAGAAUCUCGCAGGGUAAAAGGAAUAAUAAUUGAAAAAUUGGUGAUUCUUCAAGACCUGGAAGAGAUGGUCCUGACAAAGACUCUGUGUGUGAUGGAAUGAGCAAGGAGACUCUGGAACAGGCAGGACAAUAAAAAGAACCAAGAGCCAC